GUAGUGUAUGUGCAAACAAAUGAUUGGUGGUCUCUAACUCUCACUCUCAAAGCAAGCCAAAUAUUAGCUGGCUUCAAGCUGUCCCUCCCUCCAUUCAUUCACUCUCUCGCUCUCUCCCAUUUUCUUAACUCUGUUUUUAUUUUUUGAUUUUAACUCUGUAUUUUAAUUUUCUGGGUUGGUUUGGGAGGGCAGGGCCGUCCUCGUCUGGUCCUGGUGGACUGGGACUGGGACUGGGGGAAGGAGUCAGUCUGUGGGAGCUGCUAAGUGCUAACUACUACCGCUGCUGCCACUGCCACCACCACAAGAUAAACUUUACUCAAACUCAAAGUUGGAUACUCGGCAAACUAGCUGAACAAGUAGUGGAGCGAGAGCUCAAGAAGGGAACUCCCAAGUGCUGAUCAAAAAAUAAGAAACAAACAAGCAAGAAUUGGCCCGCCGGAGGAAUAGUUUUGACAUUUUGAGGCUUUCAGGCUGCGAGAAUGAGCGCGUCCAGGUUCAUUAAGUGCGUCACCGUCGGCGACGGAGCUGUGGGUAAAACUUGCCUCCUCAUCUCCUACACCAGCAAUACCUUUCCCACUGAUUAUGUGCCGACUGUGUUUGACAAUUUCAGUGCAAAUGUGGUAGUGGAUGGGAGCACUGUAAAUCUAGGGUUGUGGGAUACUGCAGGGCAGGAAGAUUACAAUAGAUUAAGACCCUUGAGCUAUCGUGGCGCAGAUGUCUUUAUUCUUGCAUUUUCUCUUGUUAGCAAGGCCAGUUACGAGAAUGUCUCAAAAAAGUGGAUUCCUGAAUUGAGGCAUUAUGCUCCUGGAGUACCAGUAAUCCUUGUUGGAACAAAACUUGAUCUCCGGGAUGAUAAGCAGUUUUUUGUAGAUCAUCCAGGAGCAGUGCCCAUCACCACAGCUCAGGGGGAGGAGCUGAGAAAGCUGAUUGGGGCUGCUUCAUACAUUGAGUGUAGUGCAAAAACGCAACAGAAUGUGAAAGGUGUAUUUGAUGCCGCCAUUAAGGUGGUUCUGCAGCCCCCGAAGCAUAAGAAGAAAAAGAAGAGAAAGGGUCAAAAAGGCUGUAGUAUAUUGUGAGUGGCAGGAGUAAUUUGGAGGAAUACAUUUUAUUGUUGACUGCAGCAUUAAUCUGAUUUCUCUAUGGAGCUUCUCCUCAUCGUAAGGCGGGCGCAGCGAGCUACGGUUUAUUAUUAGUCUCAACUGACUUUACUAGGAAGUUCCCCUUUAAGCAUAUCAAAGUCGUUGACCUGCCACUGUCAGUUGCAAUGCUGAAUGUAUCUUGCGAAUCAAAGAUGUCUGUAUGGUGGUUUGAACAGUCCCUCUACCUUAUGAUCCUAAGUACGUAUGUAUAAUGUUGUCAUGUCAUAUAUAACUUGUACUACAAGGGAUGGAUGCUCUACCUUAUGAUGAUCCUUGAUAUUUGAAGUGUUCGACCUUGGGCCUAUCUAUGUAUUCGAUCAUUUUAGGAUGAAA